AUGUUGCUUUCUUUCUCUCCCUCUUUUCACAAUAUAUCUCUCUCUCUCUCCCUAUCUCUCCUCUCUUUCUCUCUCUUUCUAUUCCCACUCUUUCUUCCUCUCUCUUUAUCACCUCUAUGGAUCUCUCUUUCUUUCUUUAGUUCUCUCCUCUCUAUUUCUCUCUUCUUUCUCUUCCUCCCUUUUUCUCUGCUCGCACUGCUGCCUAUUUCUCACUCUUUUUAUCUCUUUCUCUCUUUCUCUCAUCUCUCUCUUUGUCUUUCUCACCUCUCUCUGAAUCUUUCUAUCUCUUUCUCCUUUUUAAUCUUUAUCACUAUUCCUCUUUCUCUUCCUUUCCUCUCUUUCUCUUUUUUCUCCCCUCUCACUCUUUCUGCUGUCUUUCUCUCUUGCCUCUCUCUUUUUCUCUUGCCUCUCUCUUUAUCUAUCAACUCUCUCUCUUUGUCUAUUCUCUCUCCACUCUGUCUUUAUUUCUCUCUUUUUCGCUCUUUUUCUCCCCAUUCUUUACCUCCUCUCUCUCUCUCUUUCUCUCUCCUUAAUAUAUCCCUUCCCUAUUUUCUCUCUCCCCUCUCCGAUAUUAUUGUACUAUUUGAAUUCGAAAACACUGUAAAAUACUGUAAACUCUUUUAG